UUACAGAGAAAGGAAUUACAAGAAACAAUAAUAAUGAGUGUAACAACUAAUUCGAUGAUACUACUAUUACUAGCAGGAUUAUUUAUUGUAAAUGGCGAGGAAAUUGAGAAUCCAGCACAAAAUAAAACAGUUAUUAAAGAAAAACGUGAAUACUCACCAAAAACUGAAGGUUCAAAUCGAUUCCAUUAUGAAAAGAAUACAAAAGUUGUACGAGCGUAUGCUACCAGUCCACAAGAACAAAAUGUAAAUCAACAGAGUUACAGUCCAAAUGUUUUAAGUGGCUUCAAUAGCGCACAAUAUGCUCAAGCAGGCCAUUCUUCGGGUGGAUCUUUACAACCUAUAUACGUUAUGGGUGAUUUAAGUAGUUUGUUAAAGAAUACACAAAAUUUGGGCUCGUUAUUUACUGGCCAAGCAUCACAUAUGCAAGGAACAACAUCGUUACAAAAUGUUGGACCUGUUAUAUUUGGAUCUGCAUCAUCCGCAUCGUCAAAUGGUGCCGCACAAGUGCAAGCCAAUCCAAGUUACGGAUCUAGUUCACAAGGAUAUUUACAAGUUCCAUCAAACAAUUAUGCAUCAAGUUUACAAGGACACUUACAAAUUCCCUCAACAAAUUAUGGAAUUCCUAGUUCUCAAUUUCCUUUAAAUAGUUAUUCAUUUGCUAAACCAUCAUAUUCUGAUUUUGCCAAUUCUUAUAAAUUCCCAACAACAAACUUUGGGUCAUCUUCGUCCAACUACAACAGUUUUGUUCCAUCCAAACCAUACAAUUUUGAUUCUUAUUCCAGUGGUAAUCAACAAUACAGCGCAGAAUCGUUAUUGAAUGCUUUAAAAGUAGCAAAUAUUGGUCAAAGUAACAGCUUAGUUGAUACAAACUCCAACUUACAUUCAUCACCAUCAAAUGACAACUCUGUCAACUAUUUCGGUGGACAUCUUUUACAAUCACCUCCAUCUUCAUCAAGUUACCAUUCCUUACUUUCCUCAUAUCCUCAUCUACAAAGUUUGAACUUAUCACCUGCUCCUUCAUUUUCUGCAGCAUCAUUCGCCGCAUACAAACCAGAACAUUUAAGCUUAUCUCAUGGCAGUUCUGGUGCUGCUCCAGUACAUAUAAUGAUGGCACCUUCCAGUGCAGGUCACGGUUCCAUAAAUAUUAUGGAUUUUGCACGUUCACUUGGUUCUAAUUUUGCCGCAUAUUCUAACCAACCACAAAUUCAUGCAUCAAGUCAUCAUGGAAGCUCUGCUGUACCUGUUACGUAUAUGAAAUUGGAUGGGAAUAAAUUUGCUGAACAAUAUUCACAAGGUCCAUCAUCUGCUGAACAAUCACCACAACAUUAUGAGGGAAAUAAAUAUGCUGAACAAUAUUCUCAAGCCCCUUCAUCUCCCGAACAAUCUAAACAUUAUGCAAGACAAGCGUCAGAUGAAUCUACUAAAGUAUAUAAUACAAUUAAGUAUAGUGAACCAAUGGAAGCUCCUGGUUAUAUGCCAAAAUAG